GUUUCUCUUACCAUUCAACACUAAUCACACUAAUCAUUUCUCUUUUCACAUUUCUUCCUCUAUUUCUUUCUAGCUAAUUGAAAGAGGAUUCAGGAGUGAAGAGAAAGAAAUGGGUUCUGAAUCACUUGUUCAUGUGUUUCUUGUUUCCUUCCCCGGCCAAGGCCAUGUAAACCCUCUUCUUCGACUUGGCAAGCGCCUUGCUUCUAAAGGUUUGCUUGUCACCUUCACCACACCUGAAAGCAUUGGCAAACAAAUGAGAAAAGCAAGCAAUCUCACUGACGAGCCCACGCCAAUCGGAGAUGGCUUCAUUCGGUUUGAAUUCUUCGAAGAUGGCUGGGACGAGGACGAGCCAAGGCGCCAAGACCUCGACCAAUACCUGCCCCAACUUGAGCUUGUUGGAAAAGAAUUGAUUCCUAAAAUGAUCCAGAAAAACGCUGAAAAAAACCGUCCCGUUUCUUGCCUCAUCAAUAAUCCUUUCAUUCCUUGGGUGUCAGAUGUUGCGGAGAGUUUAGGCCUUCCUUCCGCAAUGCUUUGGGUCCAAUCCUGUGCUUGUUUUGCCGCUUAUUAUCAUUAUUGUCACGGGUUGGUCGCUUUCCCUGAUGAAAAAAAUCCUGAAAUUGACGUUCAGUUGCCAUUUAUGCCACUCCUCAAGUAUGAUGAAGUGCCUAGUUUUCUGCAUCCAACAACUCCUUAUCCUUUCUUGAGGAGGGCCAUUCUUGGUCAGUAUAAAAACCUCGACAAGCCUUUCUGCAUUUUGAUGGACACUUUCCAGGAGCUUGAGCACGAAAUAAUUGAAUACAUGUCGACAAUUUCCCCUAUCAAGACUGUUGGCCCGCUGUUUAAAAACCCCAAGGCACCAUCUUCAACCGUCCGUGGUGACUUCAUGAAGGCAGACGACUGUAUAGAGUGGCUCGACACAAAACCGGCAUCAUCCGUCGUUUACAUCUCUUUCGGAAGUGUAGUUUACUUGAAGCAGGAACAAGUAGACGAAAUCGCUCACGGUUUGUUAAACUCUGGGGUCUCAUUUUUGUGGGUGAUGAAGCCGCCGCACAAGGAUGCAGGCCUCGAACUCCUUGUUCUUCCUGAUGGGUUCUUGGAGAAAGUUGGAGACAACGGCAGGGUAGUGCAGUGGAGUCCGCAAGAGAAAGUGUUGUCUCACCCGAGUGUAGCUUGCUUUGUAACACACUGCGGCUGGAACUCAACAAUGGAGUCGUUAACAUCAGGUAUGCCGGUUGUGGCUUUCCCGCAAUGGGGAGAUCAAGUCACCGACGCGGUGUACCUAGUGGACGUGUUCAAGACUGGAAUAAGAAUGUGCCGAGGAGAGGCUGAAGACAGGAUAAUCCCUCGUGAGGAGAUUGAGAAAUGCUUGCUAGAGGCGACGUCCGGGCCGAAGGCUGCAGAAAUGAAACAAAACGCAUUGAAGUGGAAGAAAGCGGCGGAGGAAGCGGUGGCAGAAGGUGGCUCCUCUGACAGGAACAUUCAAGCCUUUGUCGAUGAGGUGAGAAGGAGGAGUGUUGAGAUCAUGACCAGCAAUUCAAAGGCCGUGAAGCCAGCUGCCAUUAAUGGAGGUGUUGCAGAGUUGGUCGAGAAGGCUGAAGUCAAUGGGAAGGUAGACUUGGUGGAGAAGGUUGAAGCCAACGGGAAAGUAGUAGGAUUGGUGGAGUCAUAAGAAAUAAAGUGACAGGUGGCGAAUGAUGAUUGGGUAUUGUUAGGAAAUGAAUAAUUUCAUGAAACUCUCUUCAUGAGCUCUAUCUAUGCAAUAUUAUUUACUUUCUGUUUCGGGGCUUUUUGAUUGUACUUCCCCUUUGUUUGGUUGUUUUCACUACAUGUUGUAAGUGGUUUGUGUCAGAAAUUAACUUAAAUUUCUUUUUCAUUUA